AGAGCUGGCAGCGCAGGCCGUGGAGGAUGCGGUGAUGGGCUUUGGCCAGGCCAUCCGUGGCAUCCACCGCUUCCCAGAGCUGCAGCAAGCCUGUCACAUCCUCCAGUGCCUGACAGAGGCACCACCGCUGCUGUCCCCAGCGGCACAGAGAGAGGCCAGCGCGUCACUCCUGCACCUGAGCUCACAGCUGCUGCAGACCCCUGACCCCAGCAACAGCAGCCACCCAGCCACCGGCACUGCCACCGCCGCCACGGCACUCUUCCAGGCUUUCAGCAACAUCCUGAUGGCGCUGGACUCCACCACAGGCCCCCCUGGCUCAGCCUUGGAGCAGGCCCUGGAGGACACCCUGGCUGCACUGCCCCUUGUGCAGAUGAUGCUGUGGUACAACCACAACACAGGGACCCCUGUGACUGUGAGCACGCCUACUGUGGCAACACAGCUAAGCAGCUGUGGCAUCACUUGCCUGCCCCUAAGUUCACACCGCCUGGCCCAGCCACGCCUGCUGGACGUGACCUUCCCAACCGCCUCGGUGCUGGCCAUGUUCCUGCCUGCGCACCCUGACGUGCAGCUCCAGCUCACGGUCCUGGCUCUCAACCCCUUCAAACACCUGGACAGGACAGAGAUCAGCAGCGUGGGCGGUGUCUCCCUUACCUCGGCCAAUGGUGCCCUGGACGUGUAUGGCCUGCGCGAGGAGAUUGAGGUCGGGCUGUGGCGGGAUGAGGCCGCGGCGCCAGUCCCCACAUGCCUCAACCUCAGUGCCCAGCACUUCCACGUGGAGCUGAACCUCACGUCGGCAAAGGACACCCUGCUCGUGCACGUGCAGCCCGAUGCCCCCCUGCCUGUUGACCUCUACCUGGGCUUUGGCCACCUGCCCAACCGCACCCACUUCCUGUUCAGCACCACGCUGCCCCAGCGCCGCAGCCCACCCCACGGAGACACCUACACCUGGGCGCUGCCCCCAGAGAAACUGUGGCCUGGCCCCGGGCGCUACCACCUCAUGGCCGUGGUGGCAUGGAGCCCAGAGCAGGGGCCUGUGGGUGUCUCGGUCACCACAGCCACCACGUGCUGCUACUUCUGGGACCAGAGCCAGCGGGCCUGGGCCACGGGCGGCUGCCAGGUGGGGCCCGGCAGCGACAUGAGCAGCACCCGCUGCCUGUGCAACCACCUCAGCUUCUUUGGCAGCUCCUUCCUGGUUGUGCCCCGCACUGUGCGCCUGCAGGACGCCGGGCAGCUGCUCGCCCGCGUGCCCGGCAAUCCCGUGGGGGCGGCACUGCUGGGCAGCCUGCUGCUGGCCUUCGGCCUGGCCGGCCUCUGGGCCUGGAGGAGCGACCGCGCGGAUGCCCGACAGACAGCAGCGGAGCCGCUCCUUGCCCCACCUCCAAGCGGCUCCAGCCUGCACCUGCUGGAGCAAGGGCCUGGGAAGCAGCAGCAUUUGGUACAAGCACAGCAGAAGAGCUGA